AUGUACCUCAUCUACACGAUAACAAGACUCAUUGAAGUAUCGCGAGAGUGCAAAGGACCGCUCUGUCUCACUUUCAUCGAUUUACAGAAGGCCUUCCAUUCAGUUGAGAUAGAAGCAGUCUUGGAAGCCCUUGACAGUCAAGGAGUUCCUACUCAGUAUAUGAAGGUUCCUCGUGAGCUGUACAAAAAUUUCACAACUAAGAUAUCACCAUUCUACAACGAUAUUAACAUUGACGUCAGAGGAGGAGUUGGGCAAGGCGAUACCAUCUGGCCAAAAUUAUUUACCGCCACACUCCAGAACGUCAUGCGAACAUUGGAAUGGGAUAAUAUGCGAGUGAAAGUCGAUGGUCGGCAGUUACAUCAUCUUCGCUUUGCUGAUGACAUCGUCCUUAUAACACCAAACAUUAGCCAGGCGGAACGUAUCUUUGCCGACUUUGAUAAAGUCUGUGGAAGGUUUGGUCUUCGACUAAAUCUCAUAAAAACGAUGUUCAUGAAGAGCGCAUUGGUUUUGCAUGAUCCAUUCACGCUCAACGGAACGAGUGUCUCCGAAUGCUCCAGUUAUGUCUAUCUAGGUUGGGAAAUCAAUAUGAUGAACGACUUAAGUCCACAGCGGAGCAGAAGGAAACGAUCGGCUUGGGGAGCUUUCAAGAGCAUCGAGGAUGUAGUGAAGAAGACAAAGAAGACCCGACUCUGA